UGGUUUUGAUUGACAUUUCUGUUUUCCGCUGUUCCAGGUCAUUUUAUUUUCAUUUUAUUUCGAAUAUGUGUUGGUCAGAUUAAUUAAUUCGGUGGCGUUUCUAGUAUUGUUCUUGGUCUGCGGGCUAAUUCACACCUCCUUAGAACUAAUGCCAUUUUCAAAAUCGGGAAAUUUCCUGAAUGUUGCAUUGAGGUUUAAUUUCUUCAUACUUUUCUGCCAUUCACACGCAUACGCACACACGGACUAGUUUCCUUCUCCUGGUUGGAAAUCGACAAGCAGAAAAAAAAUUCACGUCCCCAUAUUGUGAAUCAAUGAUCCUGAUACCCAAGAAAUUAGAAACCCCUUCAUUUCAAGCUAUAAAUGUUAGCAAUAGAGCCGUGGUUCCUUAGUGAUAUCAAGUUUACCAGGUCAAAGUCUGCUUGCAACUUAUGAAUCGUGUUUUGGUACAUCCAGAGGCCCUUCUCAGUCAUGUUUCUGUGAUGCAGGAGAAGAUUCGUGUAGCUUUAUAUGUGCAAAAGGCUGCGUUGCAUUUCAUUGACGGAGUUAAUCGAACAGACCGGCAAGAUAUCCCGGAUGAGGUUAAGGAAGCUGGGUUCGACAUUUGUCCAGAAGACCUUGCUUCAAUGGUUCGAUCACAUGAUCUAAAGAGGCUGGAAUCUCAUGGAGGAGCAGAGGGAAUAGCAAGAAAACUAUCAGUCUCACUUGAAAACGGGUUAUCCUUGAGUGAAAUUUCAACCAGGCAGCAACUCUAUGGCAGGAACCAAUUUGUUGAUAAACCUCCUAGACCCUUAUGGAUGUUUGCAUGGGAUGCCAUGCAAGAUCUAACUUUGAUAAUACUAAUGGUAUGUGCAGUAAUCUCCGUAGGAGUUGGAAUUGCAACAAAGGGAUGGCCAAAGGGUAUGUAUGAUGGUGUUGGAAUAAUCCUGUGCAUUUUCUUGGUGGUCAUGGUCACUGCCAUUAGUGACUAUAAGCAGUCUUUGCAAUUCAGAGAUCUCGAUAAGGAAAAGAGAAAUAUAUUUGUUCAUGUUACCAGAAAUAGGAACAGACAGAAAGUUGCCAUUUGCGACUUGGUUGUAGGCGACAUUGUUAACCUGUCUAUGGGAGAUCAAGUUCCAGCAGAUGGGCUUUAUAUAUCAGGCUACAGCUUGUCUAUUGACGAAUCAAGCUUGUCGGGUGAGAGUGAACUGGUAAUAAAGGAGAAUGAAAGACCUUUUCUCUUGUCUGGGACAAAAGUGCAAGAUGGAUCAGGCAUAAUGCUUGUGACAUCUGUUGGUAUGAGGACUGAAUGGGGAAGACUGAUGGUCACUCUGAGUGAAGGGGGAGAAGAUGAGACGCCAUUGCAAGUGAAGCUAAAUGGAGUAGCAACCAUUAUUGGAAAAAUUGGUUUAGCUUUCGCCAUUCUGACAUUUUUGGUGCUCACUUCCCGGUUUUUAGCAGUGAAAGUUACUCAUGGUCAUAUCACAAAUUGGUCAAUGAGUGAUGUGUUGAAUCUUCUGAAUUUCUUUGCUAUUGCAGUUACUAUACUUGUAGUUGCUGUACCAGAAGGGCUUCCACUAGCAGUAACACUGAGUCUUGCCUUCGCAAUGAAGAAACUGAUGAACGAUAAGGCAUUGGUGAGACAUCUCUCUGCUUGCGAGACUAUGGGUUCUGCCAGUUGCAUUUGCACAGACAAAACAGGAACAUUGACCACAAACCAUAUGGUAGUCACCAAGAUUUGGACAUGCGGAGAAGAGAAAAGGAUAGAAAAUAACAAGCCUGGAAAUGCACUGAGCUCUGCAAUAUCUGAGAAAGUAACAAAAACACUGAUGCAGGCUAUAUUUCUAAAUACGGGAGCUGAAGUGGUAAAAGGUAAGGAUGGGAAGACUGAGAUAUUAGGUUCACCUACAGAGACAGCUUUGCUGGAACUUGGCUUGCUGUUUCAAAGAGAUUUCCGUGCACAACGAAACGAGUCAAAAAUAAUUACAGUUGAACCUUUUAAUUCGGUCAAGAAAAAGAUGUCGGUGCUCGUGAUGCUUCCAGGUGGUGGUUUAAGAGCGUUUCUUAAAGGUGCAUCAGAAGUAAUUCUUGGCCUGUGUGACAAAAUUGUGGGGAAGGAUGGGGAUUCAGUGCCCAUGUCAGAAGAACAGAGAAGGCACAUCACAAAUGUUAUUAAUGGUUUUGCGUGUGAAGCUCUCAGAACAAUUUGCCUGGCUUUCAAGGAUACAGAUAAAACAUCUGAAGAUUCUAUUCCUGAAAACAACUAUACACUUAUUGCAGUAGUUGGAAUUAAGGAUCCAGUGCGUCCAGGUGUGAAACAAGCAGUGAAGACUUGUUUAGCAGCUGGAAUUGUAGUGCGUAUGGUUACUGGAGACAACAUUAAUACAGCCAAGGCCAUAGCUAAAGAAUGCGGCAUCUUGACUGAUGAUGGUAUAGCCAUAGAAGGGUCAGAUUUUCGAGAUAAAAGUACACAGGAAAUGAAGGAGUUAAUACCAAAAUUGCAGGUUAUGGCACGAUCAUUGCCUAUGGACAAACACAAACUAGUAACUAUUUUGAGGAAAGAAUGCAAUGAAGUUGUGGCGGUGACUGGAGAUGGAACUAAUGAUGCUCCUGCUCUCCAUGAGGCAGAUAUUGGACUAGCCAUGGGUAUGGCAGGAACUGAGGUUGCAAAAGAAAGUGCAGAUGUGGUGAUAAUGGACGAUAAUUUCACAACCAUAGUCACUGUUGCAAAAUGGGGUCGUUCAGUGUACAUCAACAUACAAAAGUUUGUCCAAUUCCAGCUGACUGUAAAUAUUGUUGCACUCAUGACAAACUUUUUUUCUGCAUGUAUUGCAGGUUCUGCACCACUCACUGCUGUGCAGUUGCUCUGGGUGAACAUGAUCAUGGACACCCUUGGUGCUUUAGCUCUUGCAACAGAACCUCCACAUGAUGGAUUGAUGAAGCAACCACCCGUUGCAAGGAACGAACGCUUUAUUACAAAAAUCAUGUGGAGAAAUAUAGUUGGUCAGAGUAUCUAUCAGUUGAUUGUGCUUGGAGUACUGGAGUUUGAAGGGAAGCGGCUCUUGAACCUCAAUGGUCCACAUUCAGAUGCUACCCUUAAAACCUUGAUAUUCAACGCCUUUGUCUUUUGCCAGGUUUUCAAUGAAAUCAACAGCCGCGACAUGGAGAAGAUAAACAUUUUACAGGGCAUUUUCAGCAGCUGGAUUUUCAUUAUGGUCAUGCUCUCCACAGUGACUUUCCAAUUUGUUAUAGUGGAAUUUUUGGGCAAAUUUGCUGAUACCGUUCCACUAAGUCGGGAGCUGUGGAUGGUCAGCAUCUUGGUUGGAUCCGUAAGCUUGGUUGUCGGUGCUGUCCUAAAAUGCAUCCCUGUUUACAUGGGUAAGAACACUCGAAUUGUGAAGCAUCAUGAUGGCUAUGAACCAUUACCUUCCGGACCGGACAUGGCUUGAACAGGUACAAAUAUUUGCUGAGAAAGCCCCCAAAUUAAUAUGUACAAGGUGAAAAUCAAGACUUAGUUUAGCACACAUUUACUUGAUACUUCUAUCGUCAUGCAUGUAUCGAAAUUACUUUUUCUCUCUCUGGGGGUCAAGAAUUUGGGGAGGGGGACUAUAUUCUACUUUCCACCCUACAAACAAUAAACAAAAUAGAUUGCUCUUUGUCAAAUUGAUUGGUCAUAGGCAUCAAAUAAAAAGGACCUUUUAAGAGGUGUGCUUUUCUGGGGUGUUGUUGGAGGGCAGUUGUAGAAGAGCUUAAAGGAAGAUUGUACAAGAGAUGACCUUAUAGCAUCUUAGAGGGUACAACAUAUAUAGCAUAGCAACAUUCAACUCAACUCUGGAGAAAUGGCAUUUCCAUUCCCCUCAAUGCUGCUGUAAUGUGCUUCCUUAUCUUUGAUUGUACAAAAUGACACCUUUGCUUUUCUUUUGUAAAUUCAUUUUACUCCAAUUCAAUAUUUGAGCUCAGAUUCCA